UAAAGUUGUUCACCAGCUUGUCAUCUAGAUCUUACACGAGAAUUCCAUGCCCAUACCUUCACCUUUUCAUCAGCGGACGCAAGUUUGAGAGAAUCAAUCCGAAAACGAGAUGCCGCGCCCAAGCUUUGCCGAGGAGGCACCAGAGGCAGAUACGCCCCAGGUUGUCACGCCCACCAACCAACCAAUCUACUCGGAUGCAUCAAGUUCCUACUGGCCACCAGGCUGGAACUACGAUCGCUACCGCCAUGCUACGCCGGAUGAUGUUGCCUCUCUCGACGUGGAUGAACUGCUGAAGAUGCAGGCUGGACUGCGGGACGUGCUUGGAGAAGAAGGAGUGGGGCAAUUGGCGAUGCACGUCUUCGAGGAGCAACAACGCGAUGCUGAAAGAUCUACCGCGGAUUCGACCACAGAGACGGCCAAGAAGACGGAAGCCGAUUACAUCCCCUCGAACUGGUUGAAGCACUGGAAGAAGCGCCACGAAGGUCAGACGUGGGGAAUGGUGGCCUUUCGAACGGCCUGCUACGACGAUCAGGAACGAUGGGAGACUUUCGCCAAGCAGGUUCACAGAAUCGUUGAGCUUGCUUUCCAGAGGGAUGCCGACGGGAUUGAUAUUCCAGAGUACUUCAAGGAUGCCGAAUCAAAGUUUGAGAUACGAUGGGUCGAAGAUCCUGCCUUAGCCAGCGCUCCUGCCGAAGAUCUGCGCGACAGGUUCGACGCCAUGAAAUCUGACCUCCCAGCCGGUCUGUCAGAGAAGGUGUUCCUUGUCGCUUCUUUGGAUGUAGUAGCGUCUGUGCUGGAUCUGGGUGAGGGCGACCGGCCGACGACCAAGUCCAAGUGGUGGCGGACAGCGGCACCGUUCUUCAUCGCGGUUGCUGCAGACACGGACCCAGGUUUGGAGGAGGGUCACGAAGAUAGGGAGUGGUUCAAGCCAAUCUUCAAAGUUGCCGCAGAAACGAUUGUCGAAGAAUUCUGGUGGCUUCUUGACUCGGACAUCAUGCCAUUGAGAAGGAUCACGAGAAGUGUCAGGGGCUUGGAUAGUCUUGCGGACCCAGAUGGAGGUGCAUCUGGGAGCGAGGACUUGGAAGAUAUCUGGUGGUCUACGGCACCGUCUCCGGAAAGAAUGCGGAAGCGUCGCAGAGUCUAGGCAGAAUUCGAUUCUUGGGAAGCGCACGGCUAAGAGGUACGAGAUGUAAGGGAUAGCCUCUGUACUAGUAAAGAAGAAAGUCUUUACAACUCCA